GUACCGGUUUACAUAUUGUAGUCAGAACGAACCCGUGCAUUUAUACAUAGCGAAUGUUAGCGUCGAUAGUCCUGCUAAAUUUCCACGAAAACCAUUACCUGGAGCAAAAAGAUGAGUGACAACAUUGAUGCCAAAUCUGUGAUUCUUGCCUUGGCAACUACAUCAGCAGUUGCCUUAGCAACGAAGCAUCUCGUGAAUCAUUUCUCAAAAAAACGUGAAGAAGGAGAAGAAGAUAAUGCGUUUCCACCCGAGUUCGGACGGAAAAUGAGAGAACAGGAAUUUUUUCUGGAUAAAGAUUCAGCUUUUAUCAAUCAUUGCUCUUGUGGUACCAUUCCUAGGAGAGUUAUGGCCAAACAGAGAUGGUUUGAAGAUGAGGCUGAAAGAACACCUGAUUAUUUCUAUAAACACAGAACUAUUGGCUACUAUGAAGAGGCACUUAAAACCAUUGGUGAUUUUAUUGGUGCCGAUCCUAAAGACAUGGCAUUUUCUAACAAUGUUACAACAGCUAUCAAUGGUGUUUUGAGAUCCAAGAAGUGGCAACCUGGGGAUGCGAUAUUGAUUACAAACUUGACAUACCCCGCUGUCAGUUUUACUACUGUGGAUGUUUCUGAACGUAUGAAAGACGUCAAAAUUGUAAAGGCUGAAAUAAAUUUCCCAAUCAAAAACAAAGAGCAGAUUUUGGAGACAUACAGAGAAGCUCUAGAUGCAAACCCUGGUAUCAAGUUGGCUAUAAUUGAUCACAUUACUAGCUACAUGACACUUGUUAUGCCUGUCAAGGAGUUGGUAGAGUUGUGUCAUAGUCGUGGUGUUGAAGUGAUUAUUGAUGCAGCACAUGCACCAGGCCAACUGAAAUUGAAUGUGACUGAUAUUGGAGCUGACUAUUAUGCUGGAAAUAUUUACAAAUGGUGUUUGUCGGGUCGUUGUGCCUUCCUUUAUGUUGAUCCUAAACACCAGAAAACUGUGAAACCAGUGGUUACAUCAAAUAACUACAGAAAGGAUGGCGGGAAGAGUUCUAUUACCAGGGUACUAGAGAUUAUACCGUCUAUUUAACUGCUGGGGAAGGACUCAAAUUUAUUAAUGACUUAGGGGGUUUGGAUGUUCUGUACUUGUAUAUCACUCCUUUGAUAGAGUGGGCAGCUGAUACGCUGACCAAAGCAUGGAAAACCCAGCGGUUACCCAUUCCGGCAGAUAUGCAGGCACCAUUCAUGAUUGUGAUUGGUUUCCCAUACACAGACAGGCAUCCUAUGACUGGUGAGGGAAGUGUCGCCAUCAUGCGAGAUCUGUGGGAGAAGUACAACAUUCAAUGCCUUGUUAAUGCAGAGAAUGGUCGUUUCUGGUGCCGUCUCACUGGCCACGUUUACAGCACAAAAGAGGAUUUCCUAAGGUUUAGAGAUGCUGUGUUAGAAUAUGUUAAAGAAGAAUAAACUCUUAUAAACUUUGUGGGUAACCAUUCCAUUUUGUUAUCUUGCCAUCUCCUGUUUGGCAGUGAAUGGUUCACUAGUGUUUCAUUGACUAUAUUAUGCUUGGAAACCUGACAUCACCAAAAUAGGGGUUGCCAAGGAGACUACUGAUAACUAUAGAGGGCCAUUGUUACCUACCUUAUUUGAUUUAAAUGUUGGAAAAUGAAAAGGCAGCUCUGUUAAUGUUUAAUCUAUUACUGCACAGUGAGUGUAUCAUUCAUGGUGAUGGUUUCUGUAAUUUAACAUCAUUCAAUAUAAUUAUUUCAAAAAAACCAACCAUUGUUAGAUUUCUAUCUUUAACUUGCCAGAUUUGUCAUGUGAUUCCUCCCAUGGAACAUGGCGAUUAUAACUACAAAUAUUAAAUCCUACAAUUCAUGCCCUC